AUGUCUGGAUCUGGAGGCUCAGAAUUAAGAACUCCGAUCUUCUCCGGUGAGAACUAUGAGUUCUGGAGAAUCAAUAUGAUAACCAUCUUCAAGUCAUAUGGGUUGUGGACUCUGGUAAAGGAAGGAAUUACGAUUCCAGAAUUGAAGAAGAAGAAGGUAGUUGAGGAAACAUCUACAAAGGAAGAUGAUGAGAAGAUGGCUGUGAUUCUUAUGAAGGAUGCAAAAACUCUGGGGAUUAUUCAGAACUCAAUUUCUAAUCAGAUCUUCCCUCACAUUGCUCAUCCUGAUUCAGCUAAAAUUGCAUGGAAUCUGCUAUAUGGAGAAUAUCAUGGUGGUGACCAUGUCAGAUCGGUAAAGCUUCAAAACCUUAGACGUGAGUUUGAGUAUACUAGGAUGCAUGAAAAUGAAUCUCUGUCUGCAUAUCUUACUCGUUUGAAUGAGCUGAUUAAUCAAAUGAAAGGCUCGUUCAAAAGAUACAAGGGAAAGCCUAAGUGUUACAACUGUGACAAAUUUGGACAUUUGGCUAGAGAGUGUACUGCAAGCAAGAAUGUGCAGAAAGCAAACUGUUCAAAUCAAAUGGAAGUGACUGGAAACCUAUUAUAUGCCAACAGUGCUAUUGCUGCCACAAAUGUUACUGGAGAAUGGUAUAUAGACAGUGGUUGUAGCAACCACAUGACUGGAAAUGAGAGUUUGCUGACAGAUAUUAGAACAAAUGCGGUAGGCAAGGUACAAAUGCCAAAUGGUGAGCUUGUGAAUGUUGCUGGAAUGGGCACAUUGGCAAUUGAUACUAUCAAAGGCAGAAAGUAUAUCAAGGAAGUGAUGUAUCUUCCUGGACUGAAAGAGAAUUCACUAAGUGUGGGCCAAAUGGAUGAACAUGGUUACUAUCUAGUAUUUGGAGGAAAAUUGUGCAGCAUCUUUGAAGGUCCUUCACUAGAGUGUCUUGUAAUCAAAGUACAGAUGAAAAGGAAUAGGUGUUAUCUCUUGGCACUAUUACCUAAUGAUCAUAUUGCACUAAAGGCAAGUAUACCUAACUCUACUUGGACAUGA